GCUCUGGCCAAAGAAGCCGCAGUCUCGAGAGCGCCAAGGAGGUGUUUCAGUAGACUCUGGCCAACCUCUUCAGCGAACCCGGUGUCGUUGGGCUACACCCCGGGAGGGGACGUCUCCCGGGCACGGGAGGGGGCCACGAUGCCGAUCAAUAAAUCAGAGAAGCCGGAAAGCUGCGAUAAUGUGAAGGUCGUUGUUAGGUGCCGUCCCCUCAAUGAGAGAGAAAAAUCCAUGUGUUACAAACAGGCUGUCAGUGUGGAUGAGAUGAGGGGAACUAUCACUGUACAUAAGACUGAUUCUUCCAAUGAACCUCCAAAGACAUUUACUUUUGAUACUGUUUUUGGACCAGAGAGUAAACAACUUGAUGUUUAUAACCUAACUGCAAGACCUAUUAUUGAUUCUGUUCUUGAAGGCUACAAUGGAACUAUUUUUGCAUAUGGACAAACUGGAACAGGCAAAACUUUUACCAUGGAAGGUGUUCGAGCUGUUCCUGAACUUAGAGGAAUCAUUCCCAAUUCAUUUGCUCACAUAUUUGGUCAUAUUGCAAAAGCAGAGGGUGAUACAAGAUUUUUGGUUCGAGUGUCCUAUUUGGAAAUAUAUAAUGAAGAAGUUCGUGACCUUUUGGGCAAGGAUCAGACACAGAGAUUAGAGGUUAAAGAAAGGCCUGAUGUGGGAGUUUAUAUCAAAGAUUUAUCAGCUUAUGUGGUAAAUAAUGCUGAUGAUAUGGAUAGAAUUAUGACGCUAGGCCAUAAAAAUCGUUCUGUUGGUGCAACUAAUAUGAACGAACAUAGUUCCCGUUCCCAUGCCAUCUUUACAAUUACUAUAGAAUGUAGUGAAAAAGGCGUCGAUGGUAAUAUGCAUGUCAGGAUGGGGAAGCUUCAUCUUGUAGAUCUUGCUGGCUCAGAAAGACAAGCAAAAACUGGAGCUACUGGACAGCGCCUGAAGGAAGCUACAAAAAUCAAUCUUUCACUUUCCACCCUUGGUAAUGUAAUUUCUGCCUUGGUUGAUGGAAAAAGCACUCAUGUGCCUUAUCGUAACUCUAAAUUGACUCGUCUUCUUCAGGAUUCUUUAGGAGGAAACUCAAAAACCAUGAUGUGUGCAAAUAUCGGGCCAGCAGAUUAUAAUUAUGAUGAAACUAUUAGUACAUUACGGUAUGCCAACCGUGCUAAGAAUAUUAAAAAUAAAGCUAGAAUUAAUGAAGAUCCAAAGGAUGCUCUGCUUCGUCAGUUUCAGAAAGAAAUAGAAGAACUGAAGAAAAAACUGGAAGAAGGAGAAGAAAUAUCAGGCUCUGAUAUCAGUGGGUCAGAGGAGGAAGAGGAUGAAGAGGGUGAGAUUGGAGAAGAUGGAGAGAAAAGGAAAAAGAGAAGGGGCAGUAGCAGCAGCAGUAGUUCAGACUCCACAUGUUCUGUCAUAGAGAAACCUCUGGAUAAGUUCUUAACUAAUCAAGCAGGUAAAAAGAAAGUUUCUCCAGAUAAGAUGGUUGAAAUGCAAGCAAAAAUUGAUGAGGAGAGAAAAGCACUUGAAACAAAGCUUGACAUGGAAGAAGAAGAAAGAAACAAGGCUAGAGCUGAAUUAGAGAAGCGGGAAAAAGAUCUUCUUAAAGCUCAGCAAGAGCAUCAAUCUUUGCUGGAAAAAUUAUCUGCUCUGGAGAAGAAGGUAAUUGUUGGUGGUGUUGAUUUGUUGGCCAAAGCUGAGGAACAAGAAAAACUUCUUGAAGAAUCUAACAUGGAGCUAGAAGAAAGGAGGAAAAGAGCAGAGCAGCUUCGCAGAGAACUUGAGGAAAAAGAGCAAGAACGUUUGGAUAUUGAAGAAAAAUAUACCAGUUUACAAGAGGAAGCACAGGGAAAGACCAAGAAAUUAAAGAAAGUUUGGACUAUGCUGAUGGCUGCAAAAUCAGAGAUGGCAGAUCUCCAACAAGAACAUCAGAGGGAAAUUGAAGGCCUACUAGAAAACAUUCGGCAACUUAGCCGGGAGCUUCGACUUCAGAUGCUUAUUAUUGAUAACUUUAUACCUCAGGACUAUCAGGAAAUGAUUGAAAACUAUGUCCAUUGGAAUGAAGACAUAGGAGAAUGGCAACUAAAAUGUGUUGCCUAUACAGGAAAUAACAUGAGGAAGCAAACACCAGUACCUGAUAAAAAGGAGAAAGAUCCCUUUGAAGUAGAUCUUUCCCAUGUGUAUCUUGCCUAUACUGAGGAGAGUCUGCGUCAGUCUUUGAUGAAAUUAGAAAGACCACGGACUUCAAAGGGGAAAGCAAGGCCCAAAACAGGGAGAAGAAAGCGUUCUGCAAAGCCUGAGACCGUAAUUGAUUCUUUACUUCAGUAAAUGUUAUAGGCUUAAAGUCACAAUAAAAAUUAGUGAUGUUCUUAUGCCUGGACAAAUCUUUAAUUAAAACACAAAAGACUUCUGUGUAAUUUCAGAUAAUGAAAACUAUAAAUUAUAAGACUGGAAAUAAUAAUUCACAUAAUUUUUAAACAUAUAUAUAUAUUAAGUUAAUGUAACAUUAAAAUUGUACAAUUGUGAUUGUUGAGAUUGUUACACUACUCUUGAACUGUACUGUGCCAGAAAGUUGGGGGGGCAGUUCCUUCUAUACAGUUUCAGUUUGAUGUAUAUGUAAGUCUGUUAGCUAUUUACCCAACUACUGUAUAUUUAGAUAAACAAUUUCAGAGUACAGAAAAAAAAGUAUGUCCUGUUUUGCAUGUAGAAAGUAGCAGGUUGAAUUACCCUGUGUUGUGCUGCUGUAUGUGAAUGUUGGGCUGCAACACCUAAGAAAUGACUCCAUCCUACCCUAACCCUAACCCUGUUCAAAUAUAUUUUAAUUCUUAUACUAACAUUCAUUGCAUUUAAGUAUGAGAUGACUGAUCUUAUUCAUGUUAUAAUUCAGUGGUCAGUCUUUGCAAGUAUAUAUUUUGAAGCCAAAUAUUGAAAAUAUAUUUCAUUUCUAUCUCUUCUGACCUUUGAGUCUUCUUGCUACUUUGAGUUUAAAUUAAAUACACUCUUUUUUUAUUGUUCUGACUUCAUCUUCUCUUGAAAUGUUGAAUUGUACUUAAAUGUAAAGGAAUAUCUUUGCCUGUAUUGUCUUUUUUUAAAAAUUCUCUUGUAGGUAUGAUUUGUGGAUGCUUUCCCUUUCUGAGUUUUAAAUUUUGAUGGAAAUUACCUAUAUCUCCCAAUUGAAAAGGGCCUCAAUUUUCCAGAAAAUGCAACUAAGCAAGAAAAAUAUCUUUGAAUCCUUUGCCUUUGAAACAUUUUAUUUUUCAAAGUGUUAUGGUGCAUACCUGUAAUCUCAACCACUCAGGAAACUGCAGCAAGAGGAUCAUAAGUUUGAGGCUAGC